UCCGGAAAGGAGAGGACGAGUGGGCGAAACCAUUCACCCAGCUGAAAAAUAUGUAAAGAUUAAUGCCCCCCAGUAUCCGCCUUCGACUUUCACAGUGGAUUAUGAUCAUGUAUGUGUAUUAGCUGGUAAAUAUACAAAUCUGGGCAAUUUAGAGUAGGAUUAUCCUCCCUAUCAGCCGGUGAGUAGCGCGGUAUCCCCUCAUAUCCGCGCCAACCAGACGGAGAGGAUGCUGAGAUGAUUCCGUGACGCUGCAAUGGAUACCUGCGAAGAUACACAAAUCCAAACAGUAACCGGGAUCCAGGUUGAUUCGUUUGCCCUUUAGUCGUUUUUAUUUUCUUAUUAUUUGCUAUGAUUUUCUGGCGGGGACUCGUCCAGCUGUCGGUGCUGCUCAGCCAGAGCAGAUGGCCGGGGGUUGCGCCGAGCCCCACCGAGGAGGGAGCGCUCCGGAGCGGCCACGGGGAGCACGGGGAGCCGGGGCACCAGGAGCCGCACAAGGACUCCUACAGCACCUUCGCCUCGGAGUUCCUGGAGUCCAGAUACCUGUCUGACGACGGUUAUCCAUUCCCCACUGCUCCACCCGUGGAUCCUUUUGCCAAGAUAAAAGUCGUCGACUGUGGAGUUACCAAAGGCUGCAUAAGGUAUGGGAAGCCAGGGUGUGAUGCAGAGUCGUGUGAAUACUUUCUGAGUUAUCGUCGCAUCGGGACAGAUGUGGAGUAUGAGAUGAGUGCAGACACAGAUGGAUGGGUGGCUGUAGGGUUCUCUUCUGACAAGAAAAUGGGAGGAGACGAUGUCAUGGCAUGUGUGCAUGAUGAUAACGGACGUGUGCGGAUUCAUCACUUCUACAACGUUGGCCAGUGGGCCAAGGAGAUCAAGAGGAACCCGGCUAGAGAUGAAGAGGGCGUUUUUGAGAGCAACCGCGUCACCUGCCGUUUCAAGCGACCUCUAUACGUCCCCAGAGAGGAAACGCUGGUGGACUUGCAUCUGUCGUGGUAUUACCUGUUUGCAUGGGGACCUGCCAUUCAAGGUUCCAUCACAAGGCACGACAUUGACAGUCCCCCAGUCAGCGACCGCAUGAUCAGCAUCUAUAAGUACGAGGACAUCUUCAUGCCUUGCACAGCCUAUCAGACCUUCAGUUCUCCCAUCUGCUUACUCCUCAUAGUAGCUCUCACCUUCUAUUUACUCAUGGGAACGCCGUAAAGAAGAAUAGCAGAUUACAAAGGGGUUAAGAAGAGAGUGAAGAGAGACUGAAGAAGCAAUAAAAACAGUGUUGCCAUUUUUUUCUGAUGCAACAUUGAAGUGUGUACUUAGCACAAAUAGAGAUACUGUAUUAAAUGUAUUUAACAUGACAAAUUAUGUGCAUUACUCAUACAGGUAAUCUUCACAAAUUAAGCAAGCAAAUUAAAAGAACAGUACUAGUUUAAAAUAAGCAAUUUAUUUUCAGUAUUAAUAGCUUCUAUUUAUUCAAAAAAUGUUUCCACAUGAGAAUAAAUAAGUCUCACGAGUCUUUGAAACACUGCAUGCACUGGAAAAAUCUAGGAAUUAUUUGGAAUCCUGCUGCUCACAGUUGAACUUGGCUGAAACACAAAGGUUUUUGAGAGGAUGAAAGAAAAUGAAAGGGCACACACGCACACUUUCUGUCCCGUUACCCUGCUGUGUUUAUGUGAAUAACAGCCAUUGUAUCUUCCUCAGCCAGAGCGACUGCUUGUUUAUCAUGGCUGUGACACUUUGACUGCAACUAACAAAGAAGGAGUGAUUCAUGGGUCGCUAUUGCUUAUGCAGGCAAUAAGACACUGAACAGGAGCAAACUGGGGACUGAAAAUAAACAAAUUCUUUGCUAGCAUAUGGACUAUUUUUCUCCAGAUUAAUGUAGCAUUUCAAUCUGUAUUAAAAACAGCUAAAUAUGUUGAAAAAGUCCAUCAUAUUAGCACAUGCAAUAUACAUUUUCCUGUGAAUGAACAGAUUUCCCUGUGUAACCGGAGAGUAUAAAACCACAAAAAAAGACUUUGAUCGUUACACAUUUAGCCCUUGUUUAUACCUGUGUCUAGAUAGACUAAAGGGAAGUUCGGUCCAUGAAAUAAUUAUGGUCACCUGUUAUUACAGGCUGUGCAGUAUUAUUAAAUGUCAAAUUACUCAAAGUUGUAUCAACUCCCAGUCUUCUUCUUUCUGCUUGUCCCUUUAGGGAUCACCAUGGCAGGUUAUUAAUUUCCAUAGUUCUCUAACACCAACCAUCUGCAUAUCUUAAUCGCUCUGCAUCUCAUCCUGCCUGGCAGCUUAGUCCCUUUCUACCCAUGCAUUCCCUUUCUCUUUAUGUGUCUAAACCACCUUAUCUAGUCUCUCUUACUUUAGCUCCAAGAUGUUUAACCCAGGCUGUUUCUCAAAUGUGGUCACUCUUAAUCUUAUCAAUCACUAUCAUCCCAAAGACAUAUUUACUAUUUCCCUCACUUCCACCUACAGGUUUGCUUCCUCUCUCUUGUUCAGUGGCUGACGUAAAUAGUAUUUAUUUGUAUUGCGGAACAAAAAUCUCUUUUCUCCAAACUUGAUGCCUCGCACAGUUUGCUACAUACAGCAUAAGCUAUGGAACACAAACAGGCAAAUGUUUAAGUAAUGGGGUGUGCAUAGAAUAGAAACAAACAAACAAAUGGGAAGAUGAUCCCAAUUAACUUUAUAUUAUGUUUUAUAUGACUAGAAUGACAGUGAGUGUACAUUCCUGAUAGUGAGUCUGGAGGUGGGAGACUAAUGAUACGAAGCUGCACACGUGUAAAAGGUGUUGGAUGUGAUAUUUUUAUAGAUAUAACUAUACCAUCUAUACUAAACCAUACUAUCUUCACAUGCACUGUUUCAUCAUGCCUGUGAAGAUAUCAAAACACUAAUUGGCAUGACUCUGUGGAUGCUUGGGGCGAGGUCAAUGUUCCAGCCUGAAUAUUCAAAGCACACUGCCUGAAUCCCACAGGAAUUGUUGAAAAAAAAAAUACAGGGCUAAAUAUAACACUUGACUUGAAAUCAAGAAAGAUUUAUUUUGCCAUAAUAAAGACAGAAGUACAACGCAUCUGCUAUAUCCAUAUCAGCUGGAUAUUCCUUAUCUGUCACCCAGCAGAGGUCAUUUGAAAACCUUCCUAUUCAGGAAAGCUUUUAACUGUUAAGGAAAGUAGAGAGGAGAGGACGCGGGCGUGUUUGUUCACCGCUUCUCAGUCUCUGAGUUUUUAAUUUUUAUUGACACUGACCUUUUCCUGUACUUGUUUUAACUUGUUUUAAUCUUGUGAGCACUCUGAGAUUCCCUGAAUGAAGAGUAACUAUAAAUACAAUCUAUUAUUAUUAUUAUUAUUAUUAUUAUUAUUAUUAUUAUUAAUGUUAUUAUUAUUAUAUUAUUAUUAAUUAUAGUGUAGUUGAUCACACAUCAUUGUUUCCAUUUGUAGUAUAUAAAUGUGCUUCCUUGCUUCCAUUCACAUUUUGUUGUUACGGCUGUAUUAAAAAAAAAUUGUGAUCCAGGAGUAAAAUUACCUUAUAUCAAGUGGAUAAUAUCCAAAACUAAUUCACUGUAAAUAAAUUAUGCAACACCUGUAUAUUUAGAGAACUAUAACUAACUAUAUUAAGAGAAAUGCAUGGAAAUCACACUAAAAUAAAA